ACGCCGCCACGCCCGCCGCAGGCCCAGGGCCAGUCUCCCGCGAGCCGGCGUUCCGCAGCACUCUCGCGCCCCGCCCCUGCCCCGCCGCGGGACGAGUAACGGUUACGAAGCACUUUCUCGGCGGCGAUAUCUGCUUAGUCAUUGUUUCCUGGAAACAGCUCCCUCAGUUUGGAGUCAGCUCUCCUGCGGCGGCCGCGGUAGCCGGAGCCCCAGCCACCGGCGCCUCCCUCCCGGGCCGCCGCCCUGCCGCCGUCCGGCCUCCCUCAGGCCCGAGCGCAGGCCGGGCUCCAGCUACGCGGGGCCGGCAGUCUAGCUCUCGCCUCCUGGACCUCGGGCAUCGCGUCCCACAGGGCAGCCGCCUUCCCCGCCCGCACGCGGCCCGGUCGCCGCUUGGCCCCUUCCGGCCGCCGCUGCCAUGGGCACCGACAGCCGCGCAGCCCGGGCGCUCCUGGCGCGGGCCCGCACCCUGCACCUGCAGACGGGGAACCUGCUAAACUGGGGCCGUCUGCGGAAGAAGUGCCCGUCCACGCACAGCGAGGAGCUUCGAGAUUGCAUCCAAAAAACCUUGAAUGAGUGGAGUUCCCAAAUCAGCCCAGAUUUGGUCAGGGAGUUUCCAGAUGUCUUGGAAUGCACUGUAUCUCAUGCAGUAGAAAAGAUAAAUCCUGAUGAAAGAGAAGAAAUGAAAGUUUCUGCAAAACUGUUCAUUGUAGGAUCAAACUCGUCAUCAUCAACUAAAAAUGCAGUUGACAUGGCCUGUUCAGUCCUUGGAGUUGCACAGCUGGAUUCUGUGAUCAUUGCUUCACCUCCUGUUGAAGACGGAGUUAAUCUUUCCUUGGAGCAUUUACAGCCUUACUGGGAAGAGUUAGAAAACUUAGUUCAGAGCAAAAAGAUUGUUGCUAUAGGUACCUCUGAUCUAGACAAAACACAGUUGGAACAGCUGUAUCAGUGGGCACAGGUAAAACCAAAUAGUAACCAAGUUAAUCUUGCUUCCUGCUGUGUGAUGCCACCUGAUUUGACUGCAUUUGCUAAGCAAUUUGACAUACAGCUAUUGACUCAUAAUGAUCCAAAAGAGCUGCUUUCUGAAGCGAGUUUCCAAGAAGCUCUUCAGGAAAGCAUCCCUGACAUUCAAGCACACGAGUGGGUGCCACUGUGGCUACUGCGGUAUUCGGUCAUUGUGAAAAGUAGAGGAAUUAUCAAAUCGAAAGGUUACAUUUUACAGGCUAAAAGAAGGGGUUCUUAACUACAACUUAGGAUCAUAACCUACUGACCUGUAUUUUCCUUGAAUAUAAGAUAAAAUUGAAAAGUGUAAAAAUCCAGUUAUGCCUGUAAAUGGUGUCAUUGGGGCAGAUAUUUUUUAGUUAUAUUUGACAGUAUGUUGUCUGUCAAGUUUGGGAUACUUCUCUUGCCUCCAUAUCAAUCCACUCACAUGAACCACUGUAUUGUUUUCAUUAAACUAUUGUUUUCUAAUUGAAAUUGUCUAUAAAAUACUUGCAAUAUAUUUUUCCUUUAUUUUUAUGACUAAUAGAAAUCAAGAAAAUUUGUUG